CCAACAGCAAUGUCGUCGGGUACAGCAACUUCCUACAACGACCAGACCAACGCGACGCAGGUCGCUGCCGACAAUGCCUCCAACAUCGCUGGCAAGAUUGUUUUGACUACAGGCGUGAGCCCUGGGGGUACCGGUGCCUUUUUUGUCGAGACUAUUGCCAAGUAUAAGCCGCAGCUGCUUAUUCUUGCAGGUCGCAGUGCAACCAAGAUCCAGCAGACAGCUGAUAAGAUCAAGGCGGACCCCGCCGCAGAGGGUGUACAGGUGCGGACGCUGGUCUUGGACUUGGGCUCGCAGAGACAGGUCAGAGAGGCGGCUAAAGAGGUGCUUGCAUACCCUGAAGAUAGGAUCGAUGUCCUGGUGAACUCGGCGGGCAUUAUGGCUGGUCCACACCGUACAACGGAAGAAGGCAUCGAGUUGCAAUUCGGCACAAACCAUAUUGGGCACUUCUUGUUCACCAACUUGAUCAUGGAGAAGAUCCUCAAGUCAAAGACUCCACGCAUCGUUAACGUCAGCAGCAACGGUCACCGUUUCUCCCGAGUGCGCUUCGACGAUUACAACUGGCAGGACGGCAAGACCUACGACCAGUGGCUAGCCUACAGUGGCAGCAAAACAGCAAACAUCCUCUUCACCAAAUCCUUGGCACACAAAUUGGGUCCCAAGGGCUUGCUGACCUUUAGCCUGCAUCCUGGAGUCAUUUUCGAUACUUCGCUAGCGGGCGCUGAUUUCUCCGAUGAGGACUGGGGUGCGCUCAAAGCGAUGGACAAGGCACUCGGCCAUCCUCUGGGAGAGCCAGACGCCACAUUCCCACUGAAGAAUACGAACCAGGGCGCUGCUACGCACGUAGCGGCUGCCUUUGAUACUCGGCUCAAUGCAUUCAAUGGCGCCUAUUUGCAGGACGCUGAUCUUACCGACGAAAUCUACCCGCCAGCCACGAGCCAUCCCGAAGACGUCGAGAGAUGCUGGGAGCUAAGCGAGCAGAUUGUUGGCCAGAAAUUCCAAUACUAG